AUGAAAGAAGAACUGCAAGGAUUAGUCGAGUCGAAAAUGAAAUUAAAUAAUGCAAAGGGAUACUAGAAGAUAGUAUCCCCAAUAUUUAACACAAUAAUGCUCAUAAUCGUAUUCUGUUUAAUAACCUUUAUGCUUACUAUGAUGAUUUAAUAGUAAAAACCCACAUAGCAUGAUCAAACAUCAUUUCUUUAGAAAUAGCUAAUUAAAAAACCCUUGAUUGACACCAACAUUUAUGAAUAAAUCACAUUGGAAAAUGGACUCACUGUUUUAUUGAUCUAAAAUAACGAUGCAAUUAUUUCAUAAGUGGCAUUAAGUGUAAAAGCAGGCUCCUUCCAAGAACCAGCUAAUUAUGGUGGCUUAGCACAUCUCUUAGAGCACAUGCUAUUUGUUGGAUCGCAUACAUUUCCAGACCCUAAUUAUUUUAAUAAUUUGAUUCACAACAAUGGAGGCACAAACAAUGCAUACACAGAUAACUAUGAAACCAAUUAUUACUUCACAAUCCAAAACAGUGCAUUGCAUUAAAGUUUAGAUGUGUUUAGUCACUUCUUCAUCGACCCAAUCUUGGAUCAGAAGAUGGUAGAGAAGGAAGUGAAUGCAGUGAAUAAUGAAUAUGAAAUCAUCACUGGUACUGAUGAAUGGAAAAUUGAAGCCCUAUUAAAGAUAAUCUCAGAAAAAUCGCAUCCAUUUAGCCAGUUCUCAAUAGGAAACUUAAAUACUUUAUUAAAGGAUGAAAUAUCAGAAAAGUUGAAAGAAUUUUUUAAUUAAGCCUACUCAUCUAAUUUAAUGUCAUUAGUUAUAGAAAGCAGUCUGCCAAUAUCUGAUCUUAAAACCUACAUAAAGAAUUUUGAAAAGAUCAAAAAUAACAAUUUAGUUGAACCUACAUGUGAAGAUUUCGGAUCUCCAAUCUAGUAUGGCACUUAAUUAAUCUAAUAUCGAUCGAAUUCAGACGUAAAGAAAGUUUACAUCACUCAUUAAUUGUCUGAUGUUCAAUAAUAAUACAAAACAAAAUCAAUCGAACUCAUUAAUAAUCUAAUUUAAUCAAGCAAAGGAGUCAAAGAAUAUCUAAUAUCAAAAAACCUCAUUAUAGAUAUGUCAAGUGGUAUUUUAUUUAAUGAUCAUAACGGCUGUUUUAGUGUUUUGGCUUUAGAAUUCUAAGUUUACAGUUUCAAUGACUACGACCGGAUUAUUUAAUCUGUCUUUUCUUAUUAUUACUACCUCAUACAGACUUUAUUCGAUGAUUAAGGCGAUACUGUAGCUGAUAAUGUUAAAUUAAGAGCCUUAUAUAACGAUUAUAAGAAAACAGCAUCACUUAAAUUCAAUUUCAAAGAAAACAUCAUUGAAGAUAUUUAAGAAAUUGCUCACAAUUUGAAUAUCUAUGGAAUUCAUGAUGUUUUAUCUAGAAAAUAUUUGUACGAGGAAUACGACCCAGAAUUAAUAUACUUUUAUCUUACAGAUCUAUUGGAUAUUGAUAAUUUGAAUGUGUUUUUAGGGGAUUCCCAAUUAAAUCAUCCUGAUGUCUAAUAUGAUAAAGUCAACAGGGUUAACUAUGCCUAUUUGGACAUCCCAGAUUCAAUCAUAUAGAAAAUAUAGUCUUAUGAUGAAGUUGAACAACCAAAAUUUUAAUUGCCAUCUAUUCAUAAAUACCAACCGAAUGAUUUGAAAAUGAAAUCAUUUUGCAAACCUUAUUCAGAGAGCAAAAUAGAUGAAGAUCCCUAUGAGGAUUUACAAAAUAAGAAUAUGCUCAUUUAGAGAAAUUCAGAAAUGGUCUUUUCCAAUGUUGAAGAAUGUUUACAGUAUGAACACUAAUAUGAAGAAUUAUAUCCUCUUCCUGAAUAUUUGUUUAAAUCAUCAAUUGGAAAAUUGUGGUGGAAAUUAGAUAGAUCUUAUAAAACACCAGCCAUUUUUAUGGGAAUGAAAAUAGAUAAAAUCAACUUCCAAUUCAAUUUAAAAUAAUAAGUCCUCUUAAAAAUAUUUCAAUCCUAUACGUCGGCUUUAAUUUCAUAAAACUUAGAAUCAGCCUUUUAAAACAAUUACAAUUUCAAGUUUUAAUCAUCACCCAAUCACAUUAUAUUUAAUAUUUAUGGUUGGAAUGAUAAAUUCUUUGAUUUCAUAGAUGAUUCUUUAACAUUUUUCACAAAACAAUAAAUUGAUAAACAGAUUUAUGAGCAAACACUCAAGACUUUGAUUAAUUAAUAUAACCAAGAAAUACAAAGUCCAUUAUAUUCUCAAAUUAAGAAUCACUUUUUCUUAAAUACUCUUAUAUUCGGUUACUAUGAACCAAAAUCAAUCUUAUAAGAACUAAAAAACAUCAAUAUCAAAGAUUAUGAGUAAUUCCAUUCCUAAUUAUUCAAAGGAACAAACUUUUAACUCUAUUUAACAGGAAACGUACUCAGAGAAGAAGCACUCUCUCUAUUCAAAUCUAUUGAGAAAAAGCUCUUUGGAAAACCAAAGCACUUGGAUUAUAAUCCCAUCUACUCAAAAAUUCUAAAGCUCUCUCAUAAUUACAUAGUUCCAUAUGCAGCAGAAUCUAAUGAAAAUAAUGGAGCUACAUUAAAUUAUUACAUUUUUGGAAAUAGAAAUAGAAAAUAAUUUGCUAUUAUGAAUAUCUUGAAAGGUACCUUUAACAGUUAUGCGUUCAAUUAUUUACGAACAGAUAAACAAUUGGGAUACUUGGUUUCUGCUAAGUUUUAACCAUUGGAGUGUCUUGAUGGAGCUUCAAUUUUGGUCUAAGGCAGUGCUCAAACCCCAUAUUAAGUGAAUUAAUAUAUUGAAGACUUCCUUUAAUUCUUCUAUCAGGAGGUUGAAAAGAUGACAGAUUUCGACAUUGAGGAAUUAAAAAAAGCAGCGAUUUAAUAAUUGAGAUAAAAAGAAAAAACACUAUUCGAAAAAGGAUAGGCUUAUUGGGAUCAUAUAUCAAAUAAUGAUUUCAUAUUUGAAGAAAAAGAUAUAACCAUUGAUUAAAUAGAUCUUCUAAAAAAAGAAGAUGUACUUAAUUUUCUGAAUUCCGCCUUUAAAAAAUCAUCUAAGUUAAGCAUACAACUUUAUGGAAAACAUAUGCUUAAAGGUAUGUCAGUUGAAGAAUUCUUGAAAAAUCAAAACCCAAUCAAAAGUUUUUCGGCUCUAGAGGAAAAAAUAUCGGAUAAAGAAAAAAUUAAAGUCGGAGCAAUGCUAUAUUAAUGUUCCUUUAAAUUAGGUUAGAUAUGA